AUGUCCCAGCCUUACCCCCUUUUGAAGUCGGAAUGGGCUCGGGCAUGCCUUGGCAAGACUUCAUCACUUGGCCAUCAUAUUCUAGUGCUCGAAGCUUCAGCUAGUCUAGGAAACAUGCGACCUCCAAGUGGAAUGGAAAAGGAAAACUUGCCCAACAUUUCAUUGCGGGCAGAUGAACUACCGGCCCCAGGACAGUACGGCAUGGCGAUCAUGCGUUUGCAUGGUAUAAUAAGCUUUCUCCCCUUGAUACUUUUCUUUAUUCUCCCUCAUUUCGAUUCACUUUCGAGCACGAUUUCUUCGACUGUAGCUGGUAUAACGGGUUAG